GAUUAGCAUUAUUUCACUGACAACUACAGACACUCAUAUGAAAAAUCGGCUUGAAACAGAAUAAAGAGAUACCAAGAAACUAAACAAAGCAUUCGCAAAGUAAGUGAUCCCGUGAAGCAAUAUGUGCUCGAAUCUACGUAGCUGGUCAGUCUUCAGUUUAUUGGAGCCAAAAUUUAUUUCCGAGAUUCACAUGGUUAUGGUAUUUGGUGAAUUGGGUAAAAGAGCCUUAAUUGUAACAAAAAACAAGGAAGUAUAUAACCUGAAUGACAAUCUCCAUACUUUGGAGAGCAGAGACAAAAACUCUACACUAUAUCUGAAAAAGAUUAAGGAUUUGUGUGGAAAAGAUAUAAAGACGUUUGCGUAUGGCAUGGGAUCUCACAUUUUGGCACUCACGAAUGGAGGAGAG